AUGUAUGACAGCGAUGCUAUUACGCCACCGUCUACACCGACGAAGGCUUCGCAUUCAAAAUCCAGCUCGGCGUCGAGCGCGAGGUCAAUGUUGGGUUUGAUGAGAGGGGAAUCGGUGUCUUCGACUAGAAGUCGAAGGAGAGGAGACUCGAUAUCAUCCCUCACUUCCUGGUGUAGGGGAAUAUCGAUUGACGAAUCUGAGAAACCAGGGAAUACUGAGUUGCUCACGUUCAAGUACUGGCUGUCAGACUACGAGGUAUUAGAUAAGAAACAACCGCUCGGAAGUGGACUAUGGAGCGACGUGUAUCUUGCUCGACCAACACUUCCUAGGCCCUCCGCAUCGGUAUCCACCCUUGCCACACCAUCAUAUCCUCUAACUUCCCACCAUUCCCUGAUUACCGGAAACGGAUGCAUAAACGAUCCCUCAAUCCCAACACCCCCAAUAACACCCACCUGCUCCCGCAACUCCUCAGUCUCAAAACGCCCACUCCCAACACUCCCAUCUGCCUACGCUAUCAAAUUCCCAGCCUCCCGUUCCGCAAAACACGUUCUAGCCGCCGAAUCCUUAGUCCUCUCCUACCUCUCCCGCUUCCCGGAUUCCAGCCACUACAUCGUGCCUUUCUACGGCCAGGACACUCGGACCUCUGCUCUCGUGCUGAAAGCCAUGGAUGUGACGCUUGAGUGCUGGAUCCAAACAGAUUUAAACGCCUUAGCUGAAGGGGCAAGAGCAAGGAGGUUAGCAGGAGUAUUUCCUCAGAUCGCAGUAGCGUUGAUUCGGGGCCUAGAAUGGAUGAUAGAGAACGGAUGUGUGCACGCGGAUAUCAAACCUUCAAACAUCCUAAUAGAUUUAUCCUCGUCGCCGCCGCUAGCACUAUACUCGGACUUCUCUUCCGCGACCCUAAACCACCAUCUCACCGACACGAACUCAUCCUCAGCCCCCCUCGGUGGCGGCACAUGGGACUUUCUCGACCCUUCUCUUCUCCUCAAACCCACCUCCCCCUCACCUUCUCCAACCCCGACCCCGGAAUCAGACACCUGGUCCUUAGCUCUCACCUUCCUGUACUUCAUCCUUGGCUCCUCACCUUUCGAAUGCGCAGGCUCAAACGUCUUCCGAAGACGCGAAAUUGUCAAACAUGGGACACCUUUGGCGUAUACGGGGUAUGGAGAUCAAGGAAUCAGGAAUGUGGCGAGGUUGAAAGCCGUGGAAAGGGAGUUAGGGUGGGGAGUUUGCAGUUGGUUGGGGCGGGUGUUGGUUAGGGAUGCUACAAAGAGAGUUGGGUUGGGGGAGUGGAGGGGGGAAUUA